GCUGUGAAUUCCAAAUGUGCUUCCCUUGAAAAGACGAAGCAGAGGCUGCAGAAUGAAGUGGAGGACCUGAUGAUUGAUGUGGAAAGAUCUAAUGCUGCCUGCGCAGCUCUGGAUAAGAAGCAGAAGAAUUUUGAUAAGGUUCUGUCAGAAUGGAAGCAGAAAUACGAGGAAACGCAGGCUGAACUGGAAGCUUCCCAGAAAGAGUCUCGCUCUCUCAGCACGGAGCUGUUUAAGAUGAAGAAUGCUUAUGAGGAAACUUUGGAUCAACUUGAAACUCUGAAGCGUGAGAACAAGAACUUGCAGCAGGAGAUUUCUGACCUUACGGAGCAGAUUGCAGAAGGCGGAAAGACCAUCCAUGAGCUGGAGAAAGUGAAGAAGCAAAUUGAGCAAGAGAAAUCAGAAAUCCAGUCUGCUCUGGAGGAAGCUGAGGCUUCACUAGAACAUGAAGAGGGCAAAAUCCUCCGCAUCCAACUUGAGCUGAACCAGGUAAAGUCUGAAAUUGACAGGAAGCUUGCUGAGAAAGAUGAGGAAAUUGAUCAGCUGAAGAGGAACCAUAUCAGAGUUGUGGAGUCCAUGCAGAGCACCCUGGAUUCUGAGAUCAGGAGCAGAAACGAAGCCAUUAGGCUAAAGAAGAAGAUGGAGGGCGAUCUGAAUGAAAUGGAGAUCCAGCUGAGCCAUGCCAGCCGCCUGGCUGCAGAGGCACAGAAGAACCUGCGAAACACACAAGGAGUGCUCAAGGAUACCCAGAUACACUUGGAUGAUGCUCUCCGAAGCCAAGAAGACCUGAAGGAGCAGGUGGCCAUGGUUGAGCGCAGAGCUAACCUGAUGCAGGCUGAAAUUGAGGAGCUGAGGUCAGCUCUGGAACAGACAGAGAGGGCCAGGAAAGUGGCUGAACAGGAGCUUCUGGAUGCAAGUGAACGAGUGCAGCUCCUGCACACCCAGAACACCAGCCUGAUCAACACGAAGAAGAAGCUGGAAACAGACAUUUCCCAAAUCCAGAGUGAAAUGGAGGAGACAAUUCAGGAAGCACGUAAUGCAGAAGAGAAGGCCAAGAAGGCAAUCACUGAUGCGGCCAUGAUGGCGGAGGAGCUGAAGAAGGAGCAGGACACCAGCGCCCACCUGGAGAGGAUGAAGAAGAACCUGGACCAGACGGUGAAGGAUCUGCAGCUCCGUCUGGAUGAGGCAGAGCAGCUGGCACUGAAGGGUGGCAAGAAGCAUAUCCAGAAACUUGAGGCCAGAGUGCGUGAGCUGGAAGGUGAGGUUGACAAUGAGCAGAAACGCAGCGCUGAUGCUAUCAAGGGUAUGCGCAAGUAUGAGAGAAGAGUAAAGGAACUGACCUAUCAGACUGAGGAAGACCGCAAGAAUGUUUUCAGGCUCCAGGAUCUGGUAGACAAACUACAACUGAAAGUGAAAGCUUACAAGAGACAAGCUGAGGAAUCUGAGGAACUAUCCAAUGUCAACCUCACCAAGUUCCGCAAGAUCCAGCACGAGCUGGAAGAGGCUGAGGAGCGGGCUGACAUUGCAGAGUCCCAGGUCAAUAAGCUCCGGGUGAAGAGCCGCGAGGUUCAUAAGAAGAUUGAAGGAGAAGAGUGAGGAUGUCUCCAUGCUGCAAAGUGACUGAGAAAUGCACAAAAUGUGAAACUCUCUGU